AUGAACAUAAAUCAUGUAAUUUAUAAAAUGAAAACAAUCUGAUUGUCUUUUCUUAUUGUGUAUCUAGAACACGAGGCCUAUUUGAGAGAUAUUGUGGAAUUACAAUGGCUACUCGAAGCUGAUGCUCAUGAACUAAAACAUUUUGAGGAACAAAAGAGACAAUUAGAGGAAGCUAAUUCAAAGCUUCAAUCAGAUAUAGACUACAUGCAAAAACAAGACCCUCUACUGUUGUUAAAACGAAACCAGGAAUUGGAAACUCUAAAGGAAUAUUACAGGAAAAAAUUUGAGGUAUUAGAUAAAUACAAACAAGUUCAUGAGGAACUUGAAGAGGCUACACAAAACUGUGAAGAUGCCAAAUUGAAUGCUAAAAAUCUUGUGGAAGAAAUGAAGACAGAUAUUGCUAAAACUGAAAUAAGCAUAGAAGAGUACAAGAAAAGGAUAGAGAAACUUGACAUUCUAUACAAUCAAUACUGUAAGUCAAUAGAAAAUAUUAACAUUAAUAUUGAGAAGGACGAAGAGGCUGUGACAGAAGUUAUAAAGGAAACCAAGACAUCAAAGGAUGAAUUAGCUUCUUUAGCAAAAUUGAUCCAUGAUUUAAAAAAAGCUUUUGAACAACUAACCUUGAAGAAGAAAGAGUAUGAAUCUGAAUAUAUGGAUGUUGUGAAUGAUUUUUACAUCACAAAAAGAACAUGGGAUACUGAGAUUUCUGAUAUUUCAAAAGAUUUGUCAGACCUUUCAAAUGCAUAUGCUGAAAUAGAGGAGGAGAAUAAAAGGAUGGAGAUAGAUAUUGAAACCAUAACAGGAUAUAUCAAUGACAGUGUAGAGAAGAAAGCAGAAUUUGAGUCUGAUAUCCAAAAAUUGAUGAAAACGAUAAUAAAAAAUGAUGAUUAUCUUAAAUAUUUAUACCGGGAAGCAUAUCACAUUGGUGCUGUCUACCACCUAACCAAAUUUAAAUCAGAAGAAUUAGAAAAUAAAAUAGCUGAAGUAAGAAGAAAAUUCAAGAGCAGAGAAGACUUCUUAAAAGUACUCACUCGAAGUAAAGUGGCCACUGGAAUGAUGAUUCAGAAAAGACUGCUUUCUAUUCAAGAUACUGCAGAAUUUGAGAGGGAUGAGAUGAUGAGAAAGAAAAUGGCAUAUACUCAAGCACUGUCAGAACUAGAGACACCUCUGCAUGAACUCGAAGAAGAUGCCCAAAAAAUAAGAGCUAUCCAUGAAGAUCAUUUUGAUACAUUAAAUGAUAUAAUUGAGAAGAGAAAGCAUGUUAAGCAACGUGUGGAAAAGACAAAGAAAAAGUUGAGAAGAAAGGGGAAGAAAACCCAACAUGCGCUGAUAGAAAAUGAGGAAAAAAAUUCAGAGAUUUAUAAACAAAUUGAAUCAGCUAAAAGUAAAACAGUAAUUUUUCAUUCAAAAAUAAUUAAAUUGAAUAAGGAUUUAAAAGAAAAGGAAAGUGAAAAGAACGAUUUUUGCAUAUUAGUUGAAAAGUUAAAGGAUGAGUUUACAACUAUGAGAUAUAAAAAGGAACAUGCACAAGCUGUGUUUGAGCACCUCCUGAGUGAGAAAAAAGCCUGUAGAUACAGAAUCUAUGUUGAAGAAGAGAGAUUUCGACUACUUCAUAACAUGAGGCAAAAAACUCUGGCAGAAAUUAAAAAAAUACAAGAUGAUGCACUAGAUGAAAAUCUACGUUUAGCUCAAGAGUAUCAGAGGUUACAGAUGAUUUUCUUAACAGAAAAGGACAACUAUCUCAAUCAGUACGACAGACAAUUAUCCCUUGAUGCUUCCAUUAGAGAUGAGAAACAGCUCUCUCAGCUGCAAAGAAAGAUACACAAGGUGUGGCAGAAGCACUUCAAACUGGUGGUCCUCUACAGCCAGAUGAGGCUGGCCAAGUUCCAGAUAGACUCUCACGAGAGUAUUCAGAAAAUAUUAGCUGUGCAGGAGGAAUCUUCAAAUUUAAUGCAACACAUCUUAGAUUUCUUCCAGACUUUGACAGAUAGUCCAUGUGAAAAUGAUGGUUAAGCAAACAACCAAUGUAUCUUGGAUGCUGGAAUAAAAGACAAGAAAAGUCACACAGUUCAGAUAACAGUGUAAUUGGACAUUCACCUGUUUGCCAUUUCACACUUCCAUGGACGAAAAACUCACUCACCUCCCAGCAUGCUUUGCCACUCUUUUACUUACAGCAAAUCCAUAACAAUGAAACAGGUGACUUUCAUGCUGCUGUCAGGAACGAUCUAAUUUCAGCUCUGGGUGACUGAUUGCAAUUGGCUUUGCCUCAUCUGAUAAUUAAUCUAUGUCACCAUUAAUUGGAAGAGAGAAUAAUUACUGGCAGUGUUGACAGUGACUGUUCGCUUCCCCAGAUUUCCCCAUCGUGUUGGCCCAAAUAAAGGCUUUGCCAUUCAGUACUUAAAGUUUGUGUAAACUGUAACAAUGCCUAUGCCCAUGUGACACUUUCAGACACUCUGUCUAAUGUACUUUUGUUUUUGUGUUUACCAAUCUUUUUUAGCUCACUGAGAGCUGUCUCUCUCAAUCACUCCUCAAUGUUCUAUCUUAAUUUUGUGGAAGUUUAAAGUUUUCAAUGAGCUGGAGAUGAAUGAUUAAUGAAUAAAUUUAAAUGCUUCAUUUUGUCCA